AUAUACAGGGGCUUGGCCUCUCCAGUCCUACCCUCGAACCUUUCCAAGCCUCAUGUCUUCCAUUGUUGGGCUGGCCUGUUAGGAUUCUACUGGGGUCCUGGAGGUGGGGAAGUGGGUGGCCCACAGAGGAGGGCUCAGGGGACCCCCACAGUCCCUGGAGUGGCCACACAGGAGGGAGGCCCAGCUGGCAGGAGCUCCCAGUCCCUCUAAUCCUGUGGGUCAGAGCUGGUGAGGAAGCUCAGAGGGCAAGGGAGUGUCCACUGAAGCAAGUGGGAGAUGGGCGCCAUCCCACCCCCAUCCAUCUCUGAGGGCAGGUCCACUUGAGGGCUGCAGGGUGUGGCAUGGGUGGCCGCCUUUUUUCAGCAGGCUGGUGGGGGUUUCCCUUCUGGCAGCCUGCAUCCUUUCCUCCCCUUCCAACCACCUUAAGCCUUCUGGUGGGGAGGGGGUGGGCCAGGCUGGACCUCACAAGAGAGGUGGGUUCUGCCCUCCUCCGGUUCCCUGAAUGUCUUGGGGCACCACAUUGGGAAGAGUCCCCCAAACACACAUGCACACACCCACCCACAUCCGCGCGCACACGCACAUAUCCAGUGCACACACGCGUGCACACACGCACGCAUACACGUACACGAACCCAUAGGGAGGUACACGCACAAACGCGCGCACUCACAAUCACGCACGCACCGAAGAGGUCAGCCUCAAGCAGGGCUGGGGAGGUGAGGGGUGCAGGGCGCGGCGUGUCAGUGGGCAACUGGGGCGUCGUGACGCCGCCGGGAGGUUUUCGAGCUAGUUUGCGAGAAGACUGCGGGCGCUGAACGGGGCGGGUUCCCGCGCGGUUGCGCGUGGGUCCCGGGAGCGGACUCCGGCGCCCUCUGGCGGGCGGAAGCCGCGCAGCACCUCUGGGGGGCGGGACGCGCGGCCGCCACCUACUCCCCGCCCCGACCCGCGUGCAGGACCCGGUCGUCCCCUCCUACUGUCCCGGAGCCCGGACUGAGGCCUCCGGGGCGCGGCGGGGCUCCCGGUCCACGAGAGCCACUGCCCGUCCGCGCCUCGGCUCAGCCCUGCCCUCCGCAGCCGCUUUCGGGUGGCUCCGCCCGCGGCCCAAUUUCCAGGCGACCGUUUCCCGGAGACGGCGGGCGGGGCCGUCUCUGCCGCCCCCCGCCGCGCGUUCCGCGGGCGCCCGCGACGCCCCGCCUCUGGCUUGGGUGCGGGAGCGGGGCCUGGCCGGGCUGCGACGCCGCCACAGCUCGGGGCCAGUCCACCAAGUCAGGGGGAUGGCUCGGGCGGCCGCUGGGGUCGACGGCCCCCCCGGUGGGCGACGUGCCCUGUGCAGGCCUCACGUCCCGCGUCCACAAAACGGGGAGGAGAACGCAGCCUAAAGCAGAGCCGAGCCAAGGUACCUCGCCGUCGCCGGGCUCUGGCGGGCUGACCAGGCCUGGGGUGCGAGCGCGGGCCCACGGGGUCGCCGCGAUGGACUCGCUGGCAGCGCCCCAGGAUCGCCUGGUGGAGCAGCUGCUGUCACCGCGGACCCAGGCCCAGAGGCGGCUCAAGGACAUUGACAAGCAGUACGUGGGCUUCGCCACACUGCCCAACCAGGUGCACCGAAAGUCGGUGAAGAAGGGGUUUGACUUCACGCUCAUGGUGGCUGGUGAGUCGGGCCUGGGGAAGUCCACACUGGUCCACAGCCUCUUCCUGACCGACUUGUACAAGGACCGGAAACUGCUCAGUGCAGAGGAGCGCAUCAGCCAGACGGUGGAGAUUCUAAAACACACAGUGGACAUUGAAGAGAAAGGAGUCAAGCUGAAGCUCACGAUCGUGGACACGCCGGGAUUCGGGGACGCCGUCAACAAUACCGAGUGCUGGAAGCCCAUCACCGACUAUGUGGACCAGCAGUUUGAGCAGUACUUCCGCGACGAGAGUGGCCUCAACCGAAAGAACAUCCAAGACAACCGAGUGCACUGCUGCCUGUACUUCAUCUCCCCCUUCGGGCAUGGGCUGCGGCCGGUGGAUGUGGGUUUCAUGAAGGCAUUGCAUGAGAAGGUCAACAUCGUCCCUCUCAUCGCCAAAGCUGACUGUCUCGUCCCCAGUGAGAUCCGGAAGCUGAAGGAACGGAUCCGGGAGGAGAUUGACAAGUUCGGGAUCCAUGUAUACCAGUUCCCUGAGUGUGACUCAGAUGAGGAUGAGGACUUCAAGCAGCAGGACCGGGAACUGAAGGAGAGUGCUCCCUUCGCUGUUAUAGGCAGCAACACGGUGGUGGAGGCCAAGGGGCAGCGGGUCCGGGGCCGACUGUACCCUUGGGGGAUCGUGGAGGUGGAGAACCAGGCGCACUGCGACUUUGUGAAGCUGCGCAACAUGCUCAUCCGCACGCAUAUGCACGACCUCAAGGACGUGACGUGCGACGUGCACUACGAGAACUACCGCGCGCACUGCAUCCAGCAGAUGACCAGCAAACUGACCCAGGACAGCCGCAUGGAGAGCCCCAUCCCGAUCCUGCCGCUGCCCACCCCGGAUGCAGAGACCGAGAAGCUCAUCAGGAUGAAGGAUGAGGAGCUGAGGCGCAUGCAGGAGAUGCUGCAGAGGAUGAAGCAGCAGAUGCAGGACCAGUGAGACUCGCCGCGGACACACCGUCCGUCUCCGGGACGCCCUCCCACCCCUGGACCCUAGACCGGCCUGUUCCCGACCCGGAGACGUGGGGCCACAGCCCCCAGCUGACCCUAAUUUAUUUUCAGCACCACCCCCUCCCAGGCCAUUCGUAUCUGCUUCCAAGGGGCCUGGACCGUAGCCCUCUCCCAGCUGGCCCUCUCUGGCCUUGGGGGGUCUGGAGCGAAGUUGGGCAGGACUUCAGAGAUCCGCCUCUCUUGCUCUUCCCUCGUCUCGUGAAGUCACAGCGCCCAAACUGCAGGCCCUGCUCUGGCAGGCAGGCAAACCGAGGCAGAAGAGGGAAACUGAUUCCCAGGGUCCAGGGUCUGCUCUCUGCCCCAGAGCUGCAGAACAGACUUGGAAGCCCUCCUUUGCCAGCUCCCGCGGGUCUCCCAGCAAGUGCUGAGAUCCCAUUUUCCGUCAAGGCGGGCAGGGUCUAUUAGCCUCGGAUCCCAAGGUUGGGCUGAAUCAAAUGGGAGCCCUCCAGACAUAAAGAGGUCAGAGGCUGCGAGAAGGGCGGGCGUGACCGCCUACACCCUUUCUCUGCAGCCGGGCCCUACCUGGCGGGCCUCAGGGGCACUGGGCUGGGAGCCACCUCCUGGCAACUCUCGGUGCCGUCCCCUGCCCUCGCCCGAGGCCUCUUCUCCCCAGCACCACAGUCGUGUGCCGGGAUCCCGAGCCUCGGCCUCCCCGUCUUCCCACCCGCAUGAUCCCUUCCCGCCAUACGAUGCUCCGUUUUGUUCCGUUGUGAAUGCCGCAUCCUGUCCUGGUGACAGGAGAACAAUAUUGGUGAACGUC